GAAAUUCUCAAUGGUACACUUAUAGUUUUGGCUUUUCCAAAUGGUACGCAAAAAGUUUUUGGCUUCUCAAUGGUACACGUAUACUAUUCAAACGUUCCGCGCCAUACUCCUCCCGUUAACAGCUGUUAAUAAAACGUUAACUUCUCCUCAAUUAACCUUUAAUUAAAAUUAAAAAAAAUUUAAAAACAUAUGAAAUUACAGCAGAGGUGGGUUAAAGUCGGGUUAGGUAAAAAAGAGGGCUUAGGUAAAAAAGAGGGCUUAACGGUCGAGUGCAGCACCAAGGGUUUGUACGAGAGAGAGCACACUCGUUUCGUUUUCUUCUCAAUCAGGAGUGCACACUCGAUUCUCCAUCUGUUCAAUCUGCAAUUCAUCUUCAACUGAGGUAUAUUUCGUUUUCUCCACCUUCUGCUUCACUUGUGUUUCGUUCUUCUUGUGUUUGUUGUUUAUUGUGUGUAUAAAUAUGUUGUGCCCAUGCAUAUUCCACUGUAUGUAUACAUUGUUGUACGUGUAUAGUUGUUGGUGCUGCUAUUUCUUAAAGUAAUGUAUUGUUAUGUGUAGUCUGGUAUGUAUAUUCUUGUUGAAUGUUUGGGUUUGUUUUGUACUGUAGAAUGGGUGAUCAUAAGGUUUUGACGUUUAAUUGGAGGGAUAGCAAUAUAGAUAUUAAGGUCGAAAUAGAUAAAUGCACGUUGUUGGACCUAAUUGUGGAGUAUGAAGAUGAGGCUGAAAGAAGGGGUAUUCACUUAGAUUUUGGUUAUCCAACCUUUGCGUAUGCUUGGAAUAUGAGACACAAAUGGUUAGAGAAUGAUGCCCAUCUGAUGCAAAUGUUCGAAAGGUUUAAAGACAGUACUGAGAUUAUGAUAUGGGUUAGGACAAAGAUGCAACCCACUCCCCUGUACAAGCUGGUUAUGAAUCUGAGAAGGCAAAAUGAGCAUAAGAAGACUGUUGAGGUUGAUGGUAAUGCAGAAAAUGAGGAUGAGAAUGACACUGAAGAUGAAUUUGACGUGUCUUUGAAUGAUCUUGAGGACACCUCAGUGAAACCAUCCACAAGUAACCCAAAACAGAAGCCAAAGACUAAAGCCAAACCUAAACCUAUAGCUAAGCCAAAGACUAAAGCCAAACCCAAACCUAAGCCUAAGCCAAAGACUAAAACCACAAUCACACCUAAUAUCCUACCCUCACCUCCUAUCUCACCUAAUACAGCCUUUAAGAAUUUGAAGAUUAGGAGGAGUCCCAGAUUUUCCCCUUUACCAAACACAAACAAUGACACUGUCUCUGCUAAUGCCUCUGCCAAUGCCUCUGUUAAUGCCUUUGACCAGUCUGCAAUGACUCAAACACAAAGCAAUUUUGUUGAGAGUUGUAACUCCACUUUAGGAGUUGAUAGAUGCAGACCAGUGUUGACCUUGCUUGAAGGGAUUAGGAGAGUUUGCAUGGUGAGAAUGGCAACUAGACAGCAAGCUGCAAGUACUUGGCAUGAUGAUGACCUCUGUCCAAAGAUUGUCAAGAUUUUGAAAGUUAUAAGCAAGGAGACAAUCAGUUGCAAAGCUUACAUGUCAAAACCUGGAGAAUAUGAGAUCCAUGAGGGUACAUCUCAAUUUCCUUUAUCUUUGAACUCAAAAAUUUGUUCUUGUGGUGCUUGGCAGUUGUCUGGAAUACCAUGUAGGCAUGCCAUUAGAGCAAUGUUGCAUGCUAAAAUCGAUCCCCACAAGGUAGUAAGCACAUGGUAUUCAGUGAAGACAUAUAAGCAGGCCUACAGUUUUGGCAUCAACCCAAUACCUGACAAAGAUCAGUGGCCAUCAUUUGAAGACAUUCCUACUAUUAAACCACCAACACUCAAAAGAGGUGUUGGCAGACCUUGCAGAAAUAGAAAAAGAGAGGAAGGGGAAGAUCAAAAAGGCAAGAGAGCCAAAACAGUAAAGUGCACUAAAUGUGACUGUUAUGGUCACAAUUCAAGGACCUGCAGAGGAGGCCUUACUGCUAAAAAAAAGAAGGAAGCACAAGAAAAGGGUGAACCUGUGGUGAUAAGAAAUCCAAGAGUGAGAGACCAAUCCAAUGCAGCAAAGGCAGCAGCUAAGGCGGCAAAGGAAGCAUCUAAAUCAUCACAGGCUACUGAGAUUAACAUUUCUCAACCUGCUUCAUCUAAUAUUUAAGAACAUUAAUGCAUUCUGUUUUUUGGUUGGUGUGUUUAGAAAGUUUAUUAUGAUGUUGAGACCUGAACUUCUGUUGCUUCUACUUGGAUCAUGUUGGAAUUUUUAAAUUAGUGUCUA